AUGGAUGCUCGGAAUCGCUCUUCUCUCGUCAAUUCAUCUCAGCUUUCCCCUUCACCUUUUAGACACAAUAUACCAGAGUUUUCUUCCUUCGAACACCAAAAAGAAAACAUUCUACCUCUGAAAGAAGGUCGCAGUGCAGCGUCAUUGUCAGAAGUAUUUUCCAAAGACCAUGCUCUACGCACCACCCAGCUAGCAUCCGCUCACGCAACUUUUGCUGCCGAGUUGGACACCCUCGAUGAACUCGAUGACCCACUUGACGUAUUUAACAGAUAUAUUAAAUGGACUAUCGAGAACUAUCCACAGGGACAUAACCACGAAUCGAACUUAAUACCUUUAUUAGAAAGGGCAACGAGGACGUUUAAAGACGAUGAGAGGUAUAAGAAGGAUCCGAGAUAUUUAAGGCUUUGGUUACUAUAUGCAAAGUAUGUCGAACAUCCAAGGGACAUAUUUGUGUUUUUGGAGAAUAACGAGAUCGGACAAGAUCUGGCUGCCUUUUACGAAGAGUACGGGGCAUUACUAGAGAGCGUGAAAAGAUUCAAAGAAGCGGAUCAAAUAUAUCAAUUGGGCAUACACCGUCGUGCGAGACCGCUUGAAAGACUAAAACGUCGUUUUGCAGCAUUUCAAGCACGCGUUACCGUCUCAUACAACCCGGCUGAAACGGAAGAUGUGCAGUCUUUAGAUCCUCUUGCGGAGAACCCACGUCGAACUGUACUGGGAGUAAAAACAAGCGCAUCGUCUACGCGAUCAGCUCCACAAAAUGUCUUUAAUGCGAGGGACCUGAAUAAAAGCAGUGCGCUGCAAUCCGGAAAUGAGGCAGGGAGUAGGCAAGGAGGCAUGGCUAGUGGUAUAUCGGAUAGGAAGCUGCCUAUAUACUAUGAUCCGGAUGGGCAACGUGCUAGUACAGUUUUGGACGGCCCAAUUUCGAAUACACCGUGGCGUGACUAUGGAACAGAGCUUUCGCGCAGACAAGAGAAUAUUCAAGAGUCUACAAAAUGGAAAGGCGUCACUCUUCCCAUGGGUCGUAGUCCUCGUACACCAUUGUCCGAGAAGUUCCAAGUCUAUUGCGAUAAAGAAGAAGUAAGAGAAGUUCAAUCAUCCGUUGUAGAGCAGCCUCCUGACGUGAAUACCUCGACAAAAGUAGACAAUUCGCAAUCGAAACAUAAUGACACUCGGAAUGUUACCUCGAAUACUCAAAAUCCGAGUAGAGAACCAACUAAAUGCGUACCAUAUCCUCGUUGUCACAUGAAAUCAACUUCCAUGAUAUUAGCAGAGAUUAAGCAAUUUGGUGACAAAGUGGCAGCAGACGUAUAUAGUGUAUACGCUGAUGAUGACGAAUUUUGCUUUGAAGAGAUAAGAGCAAAUUCAAAAGCCCUGUUCGUAAGAAUACCAGAGGGCAAGAUUACUGGACUGAGUGCGAUCACACUCCCACCUGUAAGACAAAAGUUUCCCCCUUAA